UUAAAUAAAAAAUGCAACAAUCUUCACUUAAUCUUUAUUUUUCAUCUCCGCGUGCUUCAACAAUUUCUGCUAAUGCUUUAAACGAAAAUAAAUUGCGUCGAGCAAAAUCAACGCCUAGAGGGAACAGAAAGGUGUCCUCAAUGCUUAAAUCUAUUGAAAAUGCGAAACAAACAAUUUUGGAUGUUGGGCAAAAAGGGAUUGGAAUGGAGCAUUGUGUUAAGUGUGGAAUGGUAUACAGCUUGGAAACUCCAUCAGAUGUCAAACAACACGAACGCUUCCAUAAUCGAUUUACUGAAACUGCCAAUUUUAGAGUUUCACAGACUCAAAUUGAACAGUGGAAGAGCGUGCUUCAAUAUGAAAACGUGGAGUCGCCACUUCCUGGUAUUCUAUUUGGUGUGCGUUCAACUUCCACGGCUACGCUUAAACGAAAAUUGGAGACAAUAAUUACCAAUUUUGUAAACACUGAAAUUGGUUAUGCACCAGAUUUACCAGUUUGGGAUGCUCACGGAAAGCGUAAAGGUUUUGUUUUUGUUAGCAAUUCAAAGCCGCCGUUUGUUGGGGGUUUGUUGCUGGUUGAUCCUGUUACUGAAGUUAUUUUGAUGCCUGAAGGGAAGCGUUUCAAAUCAAUCAAAAUCGGUUCGAUCCUCGGCGUUGACAGAAUUUGGGUUCAUUCUCAUUUAAGAAGGAAGGGACUUGCUACGUGGCUUUUGGACACGGCUAGACGCCUUUUAUCUCCUAAAGAUGGUGACUUACUUAGGAAAUCGAGAGUGGCUUUUGGAGAUCCAAACGAGUUGUGUGUUAAAUUGGCGAUUAAUUAUGUUGAAGAAAACAAAGGUUUUUUAAAAAAUUUUAUUUUAUUCUCUCCGUAUUUCUAG